AGCCACACUCACCAGCUUUCGUACGAUAAAGUUUCCCAUUUCCGUAUAAAUUGCGGUGCCGCUUCUCCCCGUUGGCAUACUUCAGUGCUCUCCUCGCCUCACCUUCCAUUCCUCUCUCGUUAACUGCCGUUUCCUUCUAUAACAUCAUUUCGCUUUGGAUUUCCUCAAUCAAAUCUUUCCCAGAAACUCGUCUGAAAAAUAUCAAAGCCCUUGAACCUCUUUCAUGUGAAGCUGAAAUCUUGAAGAGAAAUGGACAGUAGUGUGCAGCAGAGGACACCGAGUAAAAGAAGCGACAAACUCAAGAGGAAACCCGUCAAGGUAGUGUACAUAUCCAAUCCCAUGAAGGUGAAGGUCACUCCGUCGGAGUUCAUGUCCUUAGUGCAAGAGCUUACAGGUCAGGACGCCGAAUUGCCGGCGGAUCUUUCCAGAUUCCAGAACCCCGACAUCGACGGUGCCCAUCAGACGUCGGAUUCUGAUAAUUCGUCGGUCACAAAAAGUACUGGCAGUCAUGAAAGUGAUCACCCGCUAGUGAUGCCUCAAGUGGACCCUAUCUUUGAUAAUUUUGAAGGCCAACUUGGAGGCUCAAUGGAGCAGGGAUUUGAUCCAUUUGAUCAUCAUGUCUUCGCCCCUUAUCAUCAGAUGAUGGACGACAUUUCAGCUUUCUUACCCUCGACUGUAUUCUACGAACCUGAUCUAGUCGACGAGGAGCCGCGCAGGAAUGAUGCAGUGUAAUCACUAAAAUUACCCAGGAACAUGUUUAUUAACUGUAGCCUUGCCAUUGGCUUUGUUCAAUUUGAUUUAAUGUUGGAUUUGGGCGUGAUAGAACAGAAAUCCCUGACUCUAACUGCUAGGAAUGGGCUCUUAGUCUUGAUUUCUUGAAGAAGAUUGCUAGCCGCAACAGCAAUGGAAGGAAACCUAUAGCUAAUCCUUGUAUCAAAAAGUUGUUCUAAUCAUUAUUUAGUUGAAUUGAAGAUGGCGAUCCAGUCAGUUUUGAAAGUAUAAAGAGUAAAGUAAAACAAGUGGUUCAAAUUGAUUGCGCUCCCGAUGCAUAUAUAUAUAUAUAUAUAUAUACACUGGGAGCGCAGACGAAUGGGAAGCGUGAAAACGGAGAACUGGAUGGGGAUUAAGGUUAAAGUCAUGGCAGAAUCGAAGAGUCUUUGAGGUGUGAUUGAACAUGCCUUUUGCCUCUGAGGCUCUUCCUUGGUCCUUUUCUGAGUAGGGCCAAAUUAACAUCUUUAGGCAGCAAGGUGAGGCUUUAUUAAGCGAAGAAUGUACAGCAAAUAAUGGUCAGAAAUAUCACCAGUGUGGUGUUUCCAAAUCCAUAUUUAAUUACGACUUGUGAUAAGUUUUUGAGAGCUGGCCGGUGUGGGGCUUUCCAGCUUGCUGUGGUAUAGAGGGUUUUAAACUUUUAAUUAACUACAUAAAUACUUGACUUUUGUUUCCAUUUCCACAUAUAUAUAUAUAUAUAUAUGUGUGUGUGUGUGUGUGUGUGUGUGUUUUCGGCUGGUUGUGAUAUUUCCCAGUUGUGAUCAUAAGAAAUUCAGAGCUGAAGUGAUU